AGAGCGAGAGAAAGUGUGUAUAGUCAAGCAGCCAGUGGCGGCAACAAAAAACAAAGUGAGAGGAGCCCAAGGCCAGGUCCCCUUAGUCCAGAACAUGACUGUGACAGAAGGAGGGACAGCCAACUUGACCUGCCGUGUGGAACACAAUGACAACACCUCCCUCCAGUGGUCGAACCCUGCACAACAGACACUCUUCUUUGGGGACAAGAAAGCUCUGAGAGAUAACCGGAUUGAACUGGUCAGAGCCACGUCGCAGGAGUUGACGAUCAGCAUCAGCGAGGUCUCGCUGUCAGACGAGGGGCUCUACACCUGCUCCCUCUUCACCAUGCCUGUCAAAACAGCCAAGGCUUUCCUCACCGUCCUGGGGGUGCCUAAGAAACCAGAGAUCAAUGGACUCACCAAGCCGGUCCUGGAGGGAGAUCACAUCACUCUGACCUGCGUGACCUCUGGCAGCAAACCUGCGGCUGACGUCCGAUGGUUCAAAAAUGAGAUGGAGGUCAAAGGUGCCAAAGAGGUGAAUGCCAGUGGCAAGACGUUUACAGUGAAGAGUUCUCUGCGGCUCCACGUGAACCGGGAUGAUGAUGGUGUGGCCUACACUUGUAGAGUGGACCACGUGGCCCUGACUGCAACCCACGAAGAGACCACGCAGGUCUUGGAGGUCCACUAUGCUCCCUAUGUAGAGAUCAGACAAUCCACAAACGUCCCACAGGAGGGGCAGUACCUCAAACUGCAAUGUGUACCUAAAGGAAACCCCUCGCCAGACCCUGUGCUGUGGACUAAAGAUGGAGGAGAGCUGCCAGACAUGGACAGGAUGAUUGUUGAUGGAAGAGAUCUCACAUUCACGUCACUGAACAAAACAGACAACGGCACCUACCGCUGUGAAGCCACCAAUCACCUCGGCACCAGUCAUGCUGAAUUCAAACUGGUUAUUUAUGAUCCUAAUGAGUUGAAACGCGCCACAGAUCACGCUUUAAUCGGUGGAAUCGUUGCUGUCGUCGUGUUCGCUACUUUGUGCUUAAUUAUUGUAUUGGGACGCUACCUGGCACGACAUAAAGG